AUGGAAGAAAGCAAUCAAGUCACCUUCUCCUGUCUGGCAAACGAUUUUGUCCCCAACAUCUUUGAGUUUAAAUGGCUGAAAAAUGGAAAAGUGGUAAAAAACGCGAGCCUGGAGUUCACCACACCCUCCACGGCCGUGAGCUCCGACGACGGGACCAGGUUUUCAGCCGCGAGUUUCCUGACGCUGCCCAAGGAGACCCUGGUCGACGAUACGAGGAUGACGUGCGAGUUCAGCCUCCAGCGAGGGGCCAAGAAGCAGCAGGUGGAGUCCGUGCUGGAGUACAGGACCAGAGAGUGCAGCACGCAGGAAGGUUUUGACAUGAAAAUCAUCCCGCCCUCUUGGGAAGACUUGUUGCUUAAGCGCAAUGGGGAGGUCCGGUGUGAAGUGACGUUCCCAAAGGCAGCUUAG